AAGGGAAAAAGGGACUCAUAAAUAUUGGCAUUGCGUGAAUUACAUUGGGCUGAUCAACAAGCAAGCGUGCGCACACACUGCGAUUACCACAAUGACGUCACUCCUCCUGCUCCUCCUCAUCGCAGUAUCAGUGACAGCAGUGCCAGUGACCAAAAGUUCAGCGCCUGAAGAGUCGAAUGACGUGGACUUGCCGAAGAGGCUCGUGCAGUGGAUCGAGAGCACCAAAGAGGCUGAGGAGCCCGAGGAACCUGACGCGAAAUUCCAAAUCUCUCAGGAUAAUUCUCGCGCCUCGAAGAAGGGUCGAAUGCACAAGGCGUUCUUCCUCAAUUAUCCCAACACGCCUCAAAUCAACAAACCCUCGACACCAGUCGACGACUACAACGACGUGACGGAGGAGAGAGCGCUGGGGCAGAGGAAAAAGUACCAGGACAGCAAGAUCUUCUACGUUCGCUUGCCUCCGUCGCCGUAUUUCUUCGUUCCGGGGCUGGGGUACAUCUCGAACCCCCCGAAAUUCACGGGGUCAGCGCUGGGGCCGCAAGUGAAGCCCAGCAGGAAUCAGAGACCGCAUCGUCCGCAGAACUCCUUCAUCAAUCUGCCAGUGGACUUUGUCAGCAAUGGAAAGCCCACUGGGGUCUACCAGUUCGAGGCUCCGAGGAAGCCGCCGAAGAGGAAGGACACGGCCCUCUCGAAACUGCGGAAGGGGCCCUACCCCUUCAACGGGCGACCUACGAGUCUCUAUCUCCUAGGGCCCAAUGGAGAGGAAACCAGAAGACAGCCCAUCAUUUAUUCGGACGUCAAUGGCAAUAAUAUUUAUUAAAUUGAGUGAUUCGUUAUUUCUGGGCAUCUCUGGGAUGGAAAAAAUAUUUGAGGGUUCCAAUCUUGGCCAUAACUCGCAGAUCCAACGAUUUGCCUCCGAUAUUGACGACCCUUAGGGCAUCGGCACUUCAACUGGGGGUUGAACCUUGAUAAUACAUGAACUAUCGUUGAUUCAUCCCAUAUUUUCCCGCAUGAAAAUCACGCGUGCGUGACUCUAUCCAUGAUUUCACCAAGUGGCAAUGGGAUAACAACUUGCGGUGGCAAUUUAUCCCUCAGUGUCCUUGAACGAUGCAUGCCAAACCCUCUUCGACGAAUGAGUUGCCUCGUCCUGUUUGAUGCUACUCUCGCCACAUCUAUAAACCGUGGAUGUGGACGGGAGGCUGUGUUUAACGAGUGAAAUAACAUUCAAGUGAAGAAUAUGACACUUUCCGUCUUCCGCGAAGCAGUGACAGUUGUUAGGGUCAUCGGUGAAGGACAAAUUACUGUGACGUGCAUUUCAGUUUUUAACGAUAAGUGAACUUCGCACAUGUGAUCAAACUGAAAAUAGCAAAUUAUUUUUGCUCAAAUACUAGUGUUAACUUAUGAAAUUUAACAUUGAGGCAUAUUUUUUCUAUCGAACAAACUAGGUUAAUAUGUAAUGAAUUAUUAUGAACGUCGGAUUGUUGUAGUUUUAUCGAAAUAUCAGAAUCACUCUUUGGUCUAUUCUAUCGCUAUAAUCUUACUGUAAAUAUUUGCCAACACGAGAGAAAACUUGGAGUUGUUCAACAUUAUCUGGAGACCUUUUAU